UUGCGGUUCGCUGAAGAAAUAUAAAACGAAACAAAUGUUUUGAAACAUAAUUUAUUCUUAAACCGGCAUUAAAACAGAAAAAUUGUCUAAUUAAAUAAUUGAAAAUUCUUUAUAAGUGUUAAAAAAAUAUAAAAAAAUGGAUUCUGAUGAAGAAGAUGAUGCGCUUUCAAGACAACUCACUGGCUUUCUGUUCGGUAACAUAGAUGAGAAUGGAAAACUUGAAUCUGAUUUCUUAGAUGAAGAAGCUAAAAAACAUGUUGGAUCUUUAUCAAAAUUUGGACUUUACAACCUGAUUGGAUCAGGUUUUAUAAGUGACGAUGAAGCAAGUGAUUCCGAUACAGACUCUUCUGAUUCCGGAAGACGAGCUUUUCGUCGUAGACGAGUUGUUGCAUCGCCAACUGAUUACAAAAAUAAAGAUGACACUGCUGAAGACUUUUUUGAUAUAAAUGAGUUAGCAGAUGAACAACCGAUUGAAGAGUCAGAUCCCAAAGAAGAUUAUGACAUUGAAGCAGAAAUUCCAGCAGUCAAAGUGAGCAUUGAUGGAGCUGAAAAAUCAUCUGAAGAAAGUCACGCUGAGAAGAACGGAGAAACGACUGAUGACAAGCAAUUAAUGCCACCACCACCUCAAAAUGCUGCACCGUCAAUCAAACAAGAUGAGACAACCGAACCAACGGCAGCAGAAGCUAAAAAAGCUGACAAGAAAUUGGACACACCGCUUAGUGCGAUUAGAAGCACGCUUUCAAAAUAUGCUGACGUUGAUGUAACUGAAAUCUUUCCUGACUUUCGACAAGACAAAGUUCUUCGAUUUUCACGUCUUUUUGGUCCCGGUAAGUUUUCAAGUCUUCCACAAAUCUGGCGAAGUGUUCGAAGAAAAGCAAAAAAGAAGCGCAAAGAUCGUGAACGUGGAAACACUUCUGAAUCGACGAGUGACUCUGAUGAACCAAGAAAGUCGGUUGGAUUUAAUUUGAAGUUCGCUCCGACACCGCCAAAGGAGCAAAUCAUGUCUGACGAUGAAGAGAAGUUGUUGAGUGAGAAAACUAAUCAAGGAAAAGAAGAAAAGCAGGAUGACGGCAACAGCAGCGAUCAAAAGUCGAAAGCUGCUGCUGAUUGGCGUUUCGGACCGGCACAAAUCUGGUACGACAUGCUUGACGUCCCUGAAAGUGGCGAAGGCUUCAACUAUGGAUUUAAAUUGAAGGAUAAAAGUAAAAUUGAGGAGAAAGUCGAAGAAUCGUCAACACCAUCAGCACCAGUCGAUCCAAUACCCGACGAUGCUUUCUUGAUGGUCUCACAAAUUCAUUGGGAAGAUGACGUCGUUUGGGACGGAAAUGCAAUUAAAGAUAAAGUUGAAGCGAAAUUGAAUUCAAAAACAAAUGCAGCUGGUUGGUUGCCAUCAAGUGGAUCACGAACAGCUGGCGCUGUUAUUGGAAAAAGUGCAACUGGCGUCACACCAACAAUCAAAGACACGAAAUCAAGUUUAAGUCUCAGUGCAAAGUUCAGCAAAGCUCAUGCAAUGAAGCAACAACAGGAAGACACAGACGACACUUGGUAUUCAAUCUUCCCUGUUGAAAACGAAGAAUUAGUUUACAAUCAAUGGGAAGACGACGUGAUUUGGGACGCUGAAGCGCCAAUGGACAAAAUUCCAAAACCAAAAGUUUUAACACUCGAUCCAAAUGACGAGAACAUCAUUCUUGGCAUUCCUGAUGACAUCGAUCCUUUAUUCCAACAUUCAACGCCGGUUGUCGAGCUGAGAGCGCCUUUCAUCCCAACUCACAUGGGACCAAUGAAACUGCGACUUUUCCAUCGUCCGCACAUGAAAAAUUAUUCUCAUGGCGUUUUGACAUCGACGAAUUAUCAUUCAGUUGCGCCAUUGUUAAAGCACAUCAACAAGAAAGCACAACAACGUGAAGCUGAACGUGUAGCGUCGGGUGGUGGCGACAUUUUCUUUAUGCGACAACCAGAAGAUCUCACGGGACGUGACGGUGAAAUAAUUUUGAUAGAAUAUUGUGAAGAACAUCCGCCGUUGUUGUCGCAAGUUGGGAUGUGCUCGAAAAUCAAGAAUUAUUACAAACGCGAUGCUGACAAGCCAAAAGCGCCGACUGGAUUUCGUUAUGGCGACACAGUUCCAGUUCCACAUCCAAGUCCAUUUCUAGGCAUUUUAAAUCCUGGUCAACACAUAACUGUGGUUGAGAAUAUCAUGUAUCGAUCGCCAAUUUACGAGCAUUCAUGUUCGACGAGCGACUUUCUUGUCAUUCGAACAAGAAAUAAUUAUUACAUUCGUGAGAUUGACGCGCUGUUUACAGCUGGCCAGGAAUGUCCUUUAUAUGAAGUUCCAGGACCGAAUUCAAAGCGUGCAAAUAAUUUUGUUCGUGACUUUCUUCAAGUCUUCAUUUAUCGUUUGUUUUGGAAGUCACGAGACAAUCCAAGAAAGAUUCGAAUGGAUGACAUUAAAAGCGCUUUUCCAGCACAUUCUGAAAGUUCAAUUCGUAAGCGAUUGAAGCAAUGCGCUGAUUUUAAACGAACUGGAAUGGAUUCGAACUUUUGGGUGAUUAAACCGGACUUUCGUUUGCCAUCGGAAGAAGAAAUUCGCGCGAUGGUUUCACCAGAACAAUGUUGCGCGUAUUUCAGUAUGAUUGCAGCUGAACAACGUUUGAAAGACGCCGGCUAUGGAGAGAAAUUCAUUUUCGCACAACAAGAAGACGACGAUGAAGAAAUGCAAUUGAAAAUGGAUGAUGAAGUGAAAGUUGCGCCUUGGAACACAACACGAGCUUACAUGCAAGCAUCACGUGGUCGUUGCAUUCUGCAAUUGAAUGGACCAGCUGAUCCAACGGGAUGUGGUGAAGGGUUCAGCUACGUUCGAAUGCCUAACAAGCCGACACAAAACAAGGAAGAACAAGAAAGUCAACCGAAGCGAACUGUGACUGGAACUGAUGCUGACUUGCGUCGUUUACCUUUAAGCAGUGCGAAGGCAUUGUUAAGGAAAUAUAACGUGCCGGAAGAAGAGAUAAAGAAACUUUCACGAUGGGAAGUUAUUGACGUUGUCCGAACACUUUCAACAGAGAAAGCGAAAGCUGGCGAAGAAGGAAUGGACAAAUUCUCACGUGGGAAUCGAUUUUCAAUCGCUGAACAUCAAGAACGUUACAAGGAAGAAUGUCAACGAAUUUUUAAUCUUCAGAAUCGAGUUCUUGCAAGUUCGGAAGUUUUAUCGACUGACGAAGAUGAGUCAACAGCAUCGGAAGAAUCUGAUCUUGAAGAGAUGGGAAAGAAUCUUGAAAAUAUGUUGGUGAACAAGAAAACGUCAUCGCAAGUGAUUCAAGAACGUGAAGAACAAGAACGACAAGAAUUGCUGAAGCUCAUUGAAAGUCGUGACAAUCCAAAGUCAGCAAAGAAGAAGGAAGACGAUUUACAGCAAUCACAACAGAAUCAGACGACGAGAAUAUUGAAAAUCACGCGAACGUUCAAGCAUGCUGAAGGUGGCGAAUACACGAGAGUUGAAACAGUUCGUCGUCCAACUGUCAUCGAUGCCUAUGAGAAGAUUCGUCGGACGAAGGAUGAAGAUUUCAUUAAAAGAUUUGCAUCGAUGGAUGAAGCGCAGAAAGAAGAAAUGAAACGUGAAAGACGACGAAUUCAAGAGCAACUUCGACGAAUCAAAAGAAAUCAGGAAAAGAUUGGAAUGUUAAGUCAACAAAAUGAUUCAAGUUCAUUGAUCGGCGAUCGAAUGAUUCAUUCAGGAAGCAGCAGUCGCGAUCCAUCAGUAAGUAAAGAAUCGCCGAAUAAAAAGAAAAUUAAAUUGAAACCCGAUUUGAAAUUGAAAUGUGGGGCUUGUGGUCAAGUUGGUCACAUGAGAACGAACAAAGCUUGUCCCAAGUACACUGGAAUUAUUCCACCAGUUUCACCAGUUCAAGUUGCAUUGACAGAAGAACAAGAAGAAGAAUAUGAAAAGGAAUUGCUUGGAGUUGAAGAUGAAGAUUUGGUGAAUGUUGAUGGAACGAAAGUAAAGUUGAGCAGUAAAUUAUUGAAGCACACUGAAGACGUCAAACGACGUGGUUUGUUGUUGAAAAUUCCACGCGACAUUACAAAAGGAAAACGACGACGAAUGGGCUUGCCAGAUGAAUAUUGCGACUAUCUUCAAUAUAAUAAAACAGCGAAUCGGGCAAGAACUGAUCCGAUUGUCGUUCUCUGUUCGAUGCUUGAAGAAAUUCUCAACGAUCUUCGUGACUUACCCGACAUGCAACCGUUUCUAUUUCCGGUGAAUGCUAAGAAAGUUCCGGAUUAUUAUAAGAUCGUCCAAAGUCCGAUGGAUUUGACAACAAUGAGAGAGAAACUUCGUCAAAGGAAAUACAACACGAGAGAAGAAUUUCUCGCUGACAUCAACCAAAUUGUUGACAAUUCUUCACUUUAUAAUGGACCAACGAAUAACAUUACGAUGGCUGCUAAAAGACUUCUUCAGAAGUGUGUCGAUCGUCUAGCUGAACGUGAAGAUAAAUUGAUGUUGUUAGAGAAGGCAAUUAAUCCACUUCUCGGUGAUGAUGAUCAAGCGGCUUUGUCGUUUAUUUUCGAGAAGUUCUUGAACGGAAAGUUAAAGCCAAGACAGGAAAGUUGGGCAUUCUUAAAGCCGGUAAAUAAGAAGUUAGUUAAAGGAUAUUACGACAUCAUAAAGCAACCAAUGGAUUUAGAAACGAUAACAAAGAAAGUGUCUGCACAUCGAUACCAUUCACGUGUUGAUUUUCUCGCUGACAUUCAGUUGAUUGCUGGUAACAGCGAGAAGUUUAAUGGACCAGAAUCGAAACUAACGAAGGAAGCGAAAGUUCUUGUCGACUUUACGAAAAGCUCUCUUGAAGGUCUCGACAUUGGACAUUUGGAAGCGAACAUUGCACAAGUUAAAGAGCGAGCGAAGGAAUUGGACUUCAACUGGGGUGACGAUGAAUCAUUUGCCGAUUUCUCAUCGAAUCGACUGGCGGGGGAUGGCGAUGACUUGGAUGGAAGCGAACUACGAGCUGGUCCAUCAACUGUGACAUCACAACCUGAAGUUAAACGUGCUCGUGGACGUCCAAGGAAGAAUCCUGGCUCGGGUCCAAGUAAAUAUGUUAAGAAAGAGAAGAUUAAACCUGUAGAAGAAGUCAUUGACGUUGUUGGUGACUUUGGACCUGGCCCUGUGAAGCAGGAAGACUCGCGUUAUCAGUCUGACAACUUCAGCAUGUCAUUCGACGUGUCAGGCAUUCCAAGUGAUCAACAACAACAAAUAAUGUUGCAAGAUGAUCAAGCAAUGAUCAUGCAACAAGGUUUAGUUCCAGGUCAAGAUGAUAAUGACAGUCAACAAGCUGCUGAAGCAAUGAUUCAACUUGGUUAUUAUUCAACUUCCCAACAGCCACAACAAGAUGAAUCGAUGGACUUUGAUCCUAAUUACGAUCCUUCCGAUUUCCUGAUAAAGAAAGAUGAAACAACGAGCCAACCUGUCAUUCAAAUCCAACCGCCACUUCAGCCACAACAACCACAGCCGUAUCAAGAGAACUUUGAAUACUCAGCAAACAUUCAAGAUCCGUCGGAAAAUGAGACGGCUGAGUCAUCACAGAAUCAAGCUGAGACGAGCAAAGAUGAUGACGAAGGUCUUUGGUUUUAA